AUGAAGGACAAAAAAUCUCAAUCACAUAAGAAGAGAGAAGCAGAGAAUAUUGUACAGGAUGCAUUUGAUUUCACAGCUACUUCAGCACCUGAGAAAAAUCAUGUGACUAAAAUUUCCAUGACGGAAACCCCAAUUCCCGUCACUGAAAAUACCGAUGAGAAAAAUUCCGUAGUUAUGCUAUCUGAUAAUGUAUUGGAAAUCUUGCCUGAAGUAAAUGCACUAUCUACACCUCAAAUCACUCCAGCUAAAGCAGAUGUUAAUGAUCUCACGGAUCUUAAGGAGGAAGAUUUCUGUGGUGGUGAGGUAGAGAAUGAGCAACCAACUUUUGAUAAAUUCGCCAAUCCAAGAAGAGGUGUCAAAUCAAGAAAUGGACGUGGAUGUGAAUGGAGAAGAAGAAAUGCCGGAGGAAGAUGA